CUAAUUUCUUCCCUCUUUCUCUGUCCAAACCCUCGCCGUCGCAAUGGCUAAAAUCCCGGAGGCGGAGAAACGCGCGAAAUCCGAAUCGGAUUCCGACGAGGAAGAAUCCGACGGAUCUUCGUCUGAAGAAGGUUCGUCCGAAUCCGGAUCCGAAUCCGAAUCCGAACAAAAGCAACCCGCAGUCGCCAAAAAGCCGUCGUCUUUGCCUCCGGCAGCCGCCAAAAAAACCAAAUCUCUGGUGCAGAAGCCAUCGGAGAAAUCAGAAUCAGAAUCUGAAUCGGGAUCCGAAUCAGAUUCCGACGAAUCCGAAGCGGAAGUCGAGCAGGUAGCACCCAAGCCCGCCGCCGAUCCACCGAAAUCCAAAAGCGUCGCUAAAAAGCCAAACCCCCCCAAACCCGCCGCCGCCUCCACCGUCACUCCUCCGACGAAAUCCACCGCCAAAAAACGCGCAGCCGAAGAUAAACAAUCGGCUGCCAAGGGUUCCAAGAAGCCGAAGGCGGACCCGGAAAACUCGGAGGCAAACUCCAAAGACGAGACGAAGAAGCAGCUCUUCCACAGGCUGUGGAAUGAAGAUGACGAAAUUGCCCUUCUCAAAGGGUUGGCCGAUUACAAGCAGAAGAAGAAAGCCGACCCGUACGCCGAGUUGGAUUCGUUCCACCUCUUCAUCGGCGAGAAUCUCCACGUGGAAGUGACCAAAGCUCAGCUGCAGGACAAGAUUAGGAGGCUCAAGAAGAAGUACGAGACCAACAAGACGAAAGACCAACCUAAUAAAGACAAGAGCUUUUCCAAACCCCACGAAAAGAAAAUCUACGAAUUGUCCGAACCCGUCUGGGGCAAUGUAGAAAAAGCAGUCGAAAAAUCAGCUUCGGUGAAGAAGACACGUGGCAAGAGUGUUAAUGUUGUCGAGAAUGGUGAAUCUGAUGAUGCGAAGAAUGAGGAGAAUGUUGUCGAGAAUGGAGAAUCUGAUGAUGUGGAGAAUGAGAAGAGUGUGGAUGUUGUUAGUGGUGAUGUUGAAAAGGGUGCAGCGACGACGGGUUCCGAUUAUUCGAGCGUUCAAAAUAGGAUUUCGAGAAUGGGGGCUGAAAUGUAUGAAGGUGCUGAUGAUGGGACUGAGUUGCAAAAACGGUGGAGAAAGUUGCGAGAGAAGGAAAUGGAGAUUCAUAUGAUGAAGUUGGAGUUGAUGCGUGAUCAAACAAAGCUUGUUUUGGAUGGUAAGAAAUCUAGAAAUCUUUGAGGUUUUUUUGGUUGAUUUAAUUUUAAUAUUCCUAAAUAUAUAAAUUUGAUUUUAGUACUUAUGGUUUUGUUUUGGUUUGUGUUUUACUGGUUUAGUUUAAGUACUCUUUUAAGGUUUGGUUUAAUGGAGUUUUGAUUGGAAUUUGGGAUGCUAAUAUUUUGUGUUCAAUUAUGCAUGCAGAGUGUAUUCUUGAUUGAAAAAUGAUUAGGAAUUAAAACAUUAAUAUAUGAAUUAAUGAUAUAGGUAUUUUAU